UGCAUACUUCGAUAUCCAGUUUUUGAUUGUUUUCAAAACUUUAUUUGGCUAGCCUGCAAAUGUGACGGCGACUAUAAUCGUCUGCUAGAAGUGUUGUAAAUAUUUUCCUGUGAAAGCAAUUUAAAUUUCGCUGUAUGGUGAAUAUUUCCCGCUGAACUAUGGGUCAAAACACCAGCUGUGAAAAUUCUCUCCCAGAUAAAGUUACUACUCUUCACGAUGAAGUUUUCCGUCAGGCUCGAAACUUUACUGAAAUGGCUAACCUAUCAUACGCUGAGUUCCAGCAGCAAAUGGGUGAUUUAAAUAAACUGUCGAAGCAUUGUAUGGAUGCUGAUGGGAAAGUCAUGGUGUUUGCAGUGAAGAAAGGCACAGACUCUACUAUUCUUUGGAGGGGAACUGUGCGAAUAGCCUGCAUUAAAGUUGACCUAGCAACCAACAAGAUUGACACAUAUCGUCUUCUUACCUUGGGUCAAUUUCUAAAGGUAUUUCGAUCUUUCCAGAAUCAAUUUACUGCAGCACAGCAAUCGUCGUCUGGAAGGGCAUCUCGGAGUCAAUCCGUUGAAGAGCAGGACUCUUCUCACAGCAAUGCAUCACCUAGUGAGGCAAAUGCCCCUCACUCUUUUAUAAGCUCAGAUGCCAUUACAUUUUUAGAGCAGAGGGUUCAGGAAGCAGCAAGUGGCAUUUUGGAUAUGGAUAAGCUGACAGAAUGUUGCAUUUGUUUAGAUCGUAAACCUGAAGUUAUGUUGCCAUGUGCCCACAGUUAUUGCUUGGUUUGUUUUGAGCAAUGGAAUGUUAAACACAAGACGUGCCCAAUAUGCCGCGAAGCCUUGGACAGCUCAGAUGAAACCUGGGUAAUAUCUGAUUUCCCUGCAGAAAGUGAAAUUAGUGAAGACAUUUGUCAUUCUCUAAUGAAAUUGGCAAAUAGCCCUCCGGAAACUGGUAGAUAAUUAAAUAUCUUACAAAGGUGUAUAAAUUCUUAUUCGUGCCAUUAUGCCAAGAUGGAGGCCAAGAUGCUGUGUGUUUAAAAAAAAUAAAAAAAUUACAUAUUGCCAA